GAAAUAAUCAUACGAAAACUAUAUCGAUUAGUACAGUUGAUUUUCCUAAUUCAGAUGUAGGAAAAAUGGUUACUGACGCCCAACCACAUCCUGAAGAUUUAUACUCUUUCCUUUCAUUACCCGACACGACAAAUCUACCGUUUCAUCUUAAUGGAACCUGGGCUCAAGGCUCAGAUCGUGGAAGGUUGUUAAUGGAAAGUGAUGAUUCGCCGAAUAUUGAUCGUCAGAAACUUAAUUGGAAUAGGCAUAUCUUGUUUGAUUUCCUUCCUAAACUUUAUUGCUACCUUAUUAAAAAAGCGGUCCAAUUAAAUGUACCAAGUGACAAUAUCCAUCCUAUCUCAAAGUUUUGGCCGUUUCCGUACAUUUAUCAAAAUUAUCCCAAAUACGCAAUUGAAUACGGUUUCAAAGUACUUGAACUUUUAUUACAAAAUGAAGAAAUCUUGAUUAGCAAUAACAAUGAGAGUGAUCGCGUGAAGAUUCUCUUCGAACUAUUAUCAUAUAAUCAUAUUAUAGGACUCCGCAAUUUACUUCGAAAUAAUUGGGAUGAUUUGAGGAUAAGAUUUAAUCCAAGUUUAAAGACUCUGGUCCGCUCACUUCCUAUUUGGGAAUCGCUUUCGAAUCCGGUCCGCUCAUUGUCUAUUCCGUUUGACACAGAUUCAAAUAGGAAACUUUUAAAGCCUGCUUCAUGUGGAUAUAUUUUAAAGGAAUACAUCAGCCAUUGUCGAAUAAAAACUUCAAAAAUCUAUUUAAAUGCUUAUGAUGACAUUAAUAGUAAAAUUUUAAACGAACUCGAUGUUCCUGAGCGAACAACUUUUGAGUAUACUUUUGAGGACGUCGAUUUUCCUAAAGAAUAUGAUACUGGUUAUUUGCACUUCUUGAAAGAUAUACUUAACUAUAAUCAAAUUGUUCAAAAUUUAAAGGAUAAACGCCGUUUUCCCAAUUCAAUUACAAAGAAAUUAAAGAAAAUCUCCGAUCUAUACGAUAAUAACAACCUGGUUUUUCGAACCGUGUUUGGGGUAGACUCUAGUGUUUUCCUUCAUCCUGAAUUUUCCGAGUACACAAGGAUCCUAUCGAAAAUUGGAUUUAGAAAUAACAUCGAUCAAGAUAUAUUCAAAACGUGUGCCGUUAAAGUAAAGGAAUUGCAAAGGGACCCGGAACCCCCAUCUGACAUACGUUAUCGGGGCUUUAUUCUUGUUGAUCAUCUAUAUAAACAUAUAAACUCUUUAAAUUUGGAAAGCAUCGAAGGAAUUCCAUUCAUUCCAAUUACUAAAGCCUUACAACCUACAUUACAAAAAUCCUCAAAUGUUAUACCACCUCAACAAGUGCUUGAAAAAUAUCCAUCAUUUGGUAAACCGGGUGUUUCAACUGUAGUCAGACAUCUUCGUUUCUUAUAUUCAAUACUUCGGAAUGAUGACGUAUGGAGGAAGGAUUGGGCUGAUACAUUUAAAAACAAUAUCUACGAGGUUUAUAAAUGGUUAGAUGAAGAAUGUGGUUCAAAUGAAGAUAUUGACUUGUUGGAACACAUUUGUUCCGAACCAUUAUUCCUUAAUUUCAUUAGAAAUCAAGAUCCAUUUAACAUUGAAAAUUGGGUUACUGCAGACGAUUUGGUCUUGAACAGCGAACUUGGUGAUGUGAAGUAUGUCAAUCAAAAUCUUGCUAAAUAUCCUACCAUGCUCAAAAGUGCCGGCGCUCGAGAAAUAACUCGGCAAAAUAUUAUAAUUAAUGUUAGAAAACACGACCAAUCGCAUCAUAGUAAAAGUACUUUGUUUAAAUUUCUGUUUGAUCCAAUAUCUUCCUUAAACGACGUAACUUUUGUUGUUAAUGGUGAAAAUAUAAAGGCAAGCCGAUAUAUGCUCGCUGCGGGCUCUGAAUUUUUUCAUCAGAUAUUCACGUCGGCAGAAUCUAGUCCGAAUACAGCGCCUUUCAUGUUCACUAUUAAGGACAUUCACCUUAACUCUAUGUGCAUCUUGUUACGCUAUAUAUAUGGACAAAAUAUUGAUGAAGCAAUUCAAAAUCAGCAAAACUUGAAUGAGUAUUACCAUCAAGAUCCAAAUUUGACAAUGUAUAAAGACCUCCUCAAAUUAGCAAAUGAUUAUAUGCUAGACUAUUUGAAAGAGCUUAUGGAAUUGAGGCUCUCGCGACUAGUUCUUAUGUCAAACGUAAAAGAAAUGAAAACAUUUGCAGAAAAUUCGAGUGCAAAUCAGCUUUGUGAAUAUUGCAAUAAAUUUAUUCGCGAUAAUAGUGAAAUGUAA